UUUAAUUUCAAGUUUGGGCAAGCCGUUCUGGAUGAUACAACAAGAUACUUAUUGGAGAGAAAACUUGCUGAAACUUGAUUUGGAGAAUAUUAAUGGUAAGUGUUUUGAGAUUGCAAUAUUAAAUAAAAUAAACUUUCCGGAAAUGUAAGAAUUCUAUGUGUUUUUAAUGUGUUUUCCGGAAAAGUUUAUUUGUAUUUUAUUUUAAAAAAUAAUUGCUUGUCUUUUCUUUCCGGAAAACUUGUUAAGUAUUGUUAAGUAUUUUUCCGGAAAGAUAUAUGUAUUCUACCUUUUUAUUUUUCCGGAAAUGUAAGAAUGUGUUUUCAAUGUGUUUUCCGUAAAAAGUUUAUUUGUAUUUUUUUUUGUAUUUUUAUGUUGUGUUUUUCUUUCCGGAAAACACGUUAAGUAUUGUUAAGUAUUUUCCGGAUAGAUAUAUUCUAUUCUAUUUUUCCGGAAAUUAUGCAUAUGUAUUUUCCGGAAAACUUUUAUACAUUGCUAUGUAUUUUCCGGAAAAAUUAAAUAAAUAAAACUAUGUAUUUUCCGGAAAGGACUAUAAAACACCUAAAAUACAUAAUAUUCUUAGAAUCUGCCGAUAUUCUUUUCGAUCGCUCCAGCCCUGCAGAAACCAAUAAUUUAAUUGCUGGAGGCUAUAUUUUUGUACGGCCAUCUCUCCGUUCUACUCAAUUUUUUGCCAAAUUAGCUACCAAUUUGUUAAAUAAAUAUACUCCGGAUAAUGGUUUAAUGACUAGUUUGUGUUCUUAUUCCAGUUCAAUAAAUUGUGGACUAAUCCCUUUCUGUGUAGUAACUAAUUGGCUUUGGUUACAAAAUUAUGUUUCUACAACUGAUAAAAAUGAAUGUAACCCUUCCCUAAUCCAAUUUGAUGGGGAUGCUGACUCUGGCGGUAAAUUGGGCAAAAUGCGCUUAGAAGGAUAUUACUUCCUACUGGAUGAUGGGAAGACUUGUAAUUUUGAGGGAAUAAAGGAAAUGGAAGGUGGGAUAAGGCACAAAACAAUAUCAAAAGAGACAAGGAGCUUUUAUUCUUCUUUCAGUCAACAACAAUUUACAAUGUAUUUGGUGAGUUGUUAA